GCGAUCCUGGGGCAGCAGUGGGCGGACCGGGAGCAGGGAGUGGGACCAGGGAUGUGGUUGCAGUGCAGGGCAACAGGCAGCGGUGCAGGACGACAGGCAUCCAGAUUGACACAUUGGUGGAGAGAAAACUCAGUGUGAUCAGAGGAGUGUUUCUCUGGUAGAAACUAAAGAUGGCGGGAAAGAUACCUAAAGAUGAGAUGGAGGAGCUCAGAGAGGCCUUCCAGAAAGUUGAUACUAACAGUAAUGGUUUUAUCUGUGACUUGGAGCUGACUGACCUGUUUAAAGAAGCUAAUCUACCGUUGCCGGGAUACAAGGUCAGAGAGAUCAUUAAAAAACUGGACCGCAACAAAGACAACCAGAUCAGCUUCGACGAGUUCCUCUCGAUCGCCAAGGAGCUGAAGGGUGAUGACAUAGCUAAGAGCUUCCGGAAGGCCAUCAACAGGAAGGAGGGGAUUCUGGCUAUAGGAGGAACCAGUGAGCUGUCCAGUGAAGGAACACAACACUCAUUCUCAGAGGAGGAGCGUUAUGCGUUUGUUAACUGGAUCAAUGCAGCGCUGGAGAAGGACCCUGACUGUAAACACGUCCUCCCUAUGAACCCCAACACCCCCAACAGUUUGUUCACUGCUGUAGGAGACGGCAUCAUCCUCUGUAAAAUGAUCAACCUGUCAGUCCCAGACACCAUUGAUGAGAGAACAAUCAAUAAGAAGAAGCUCACUCCCUUCACCAUACAGGAGAAUCUCAACCUGGCUCUGAAUUCUGCCUCUGCUAUUGGUUGUCAUGUAGUGAACAUCGGAGCUCUGGAUCUGAGAGAGGGGAAACCACAUCUGGUACUGGGCCUGCUGUGGCAAAUCAUCAAGAUAGGGCUGUUCGCUGAUAUAGAACUCAGUAGGAACGAAGCCCUAGCUGCGUUGCUGCGUGAGGGAGAGAGUCUGGAGGAUUUGAUGAAGCUGUCUCCUGAAGAGCUUCUUCUCCGCUGGGCUAACUUUCACCUAGAGAAUGCUGGCUUCAGCAAGAUCAACAACCUCUCCUCUGACAUCAAGGACUCUAGGGCUUACUAUCACCUGCUGAAAAUGAUCGCUCCUGACGGCAGCAAAGAGAACGAGCAACGCAUUGAGAUCAACAUGUCUGGAUACAAUGAGAAAGAUGACCUGCGUAGGGCAGAGAGUAUGCUGGUUCAGGCUGACAGGUUGGGCUGUAGACAGUUUGUGACCCCUACUGAUGUGGUCUGUGGGAACCCCAAACUCAACCUGGCCUUCGUUGCCAACCUGUUUAAUAAAUACCCAUCACUCACCAAGCCUGAGGGGCAGGACCUGGACUGGGCCAAACUGGAGGGUGAGACGAGAGAGGAGAGAACCUUCAGGAACUGGAUGAAUUCUCUGGGAGUCAACCCUCAUGUUAACCAUAUAUACGGUGAUCUGUUAGAUGCGCUGGUCAUCCUCCAGCUGUAUGAGAGGAUUAAGGUUCCAGUGGACUGGGACCACAAAGUCAACCGCCCUCCCUACCCCAAGCUAGGGGCCAACAUGAAGAAGCUGGAGAACUGUAACUACGCAGUGGACCUCGGGAAGGCCAAGGCAGGGUUCUCUCUGGUCGGCAUCGGAGGACAGGACCUUAACGACGGAAACCCCACCCUCACCCUGGCUCUGGUCUGGCAACUGAUGAGGAGAUACACUCUGAAUGUUCUGGAGGACCUUGGACAUGGAGAGGCUGCUAACGAUGACCUCAUCAUCAACUGGGUCAACAGAACCCUGACUGGAGCCGGGAAGAACUCUAAGAUCUCCAGCUUCAAGGAUCGUGGUAUCAGCAAUAGUCUUCCUGUCCUGGACCUGAUUGACUCCAUCCAGCCACGCAGCGUGAACUAUGACCUUGUCAAGACUGGAACGCUCUCCGACGUCGACAGAUUGGACAAUGCCAAGUACGCUGUGUCCAUGGCAAGGAAGAUCGGAGCCCGUGUGUACGCCCUACCAGAGGACCUGGUGGAGGUGAAACCUAAGAUGGUGAUGACUGUGUUCGCCUGCCUCAUGGGACGGGGUAUGAAGAGGGAAUAGCACUUCAGCCACACCAUCAGCCUGUGCCUCAGCCUCUAGCCUGUUUGCUAAAAGGCUUCUGGUUUAAACAAUGAAAACAGCCAUAUUAUAUUAGAUACAUAUUGAAUGAAUGACAGUGGCCAUAUUGCUCCACAGCUGAUUUGAUGACUCUGUAUAUCUGCCUUUAACCUAAGACACUGUGUCACACUGUAUGUGAUGCUGUAGCUUUUCGUUGCCCUCUGUGGUGAACAUUAGACUGGACUAUGGCUGUUAAAGGACAUGUCAUGUGGGGGAUGACUGGAAUCGCUCUCACAACAGUUCUUAGUUGAGAGAUUGGACUUGAAGGUUCUGUAGGAUUAGAGAGAGAGAGAGACAGAGAGAGAUAGAGAUUGAGAGAGACAGAUAUAUAUAUAUAUAUAUAUAUAUAUAUAUAUAUAUAUAUAUAUAGAGAGAGAGAGAGAGAGAGAGAGAGAGAGAGAGAGAGAGAGAGAGAGCGAGAAAGACAGAGAGAGAGAGAAAGACAGACAGACAGAUAGAGAGAGUGUGUUGCUUUGAUUCAAAGAUUUUUCAUCGAAUGGUUCAGUCGUAAACGGGUCCCUAUGUCCCUAGUUUAGAUUAUUGACCAAAUUACACAAAACAUACCUACACAAUAGAGUAUUCCAUGUUAUUAGUAUGUUUUACUGGUAUAUAUGGCAUUCCAUGUUAUUAGUAUGUUUUACUGGUAUAUAUGGCAUUCCAUGUUAUUAGUAUGUUUUACUGGUAUAUAUGGCAUUCCAUGUUAUUAGUAUGUUUUACUGGUAUAUGGCAUUCCAUGUUAUUAGUAUGUUUUACAGGUAUAUAUGGCAUUCCAUGUUAUUAGUAUGUUUUACUGGUAUAUAUGGCAUUCCAUGUUAUUAGUAUGUUUUACUGGUAUAUAUGGCAUUCCAUGUUAUUAGUAUGUUUUACUGGUAUAUAUGGCAUUCCAUGUUAUUAGUAUGUUUUACUGGUAUAUAUGGCAUUCCAUGUUAUUAGUAUGUUUGACUGGUAUAUAUGGCAUUCCAUGUUAUUAGUAUGUUUUGCUGGUAUAUAUGGCAUCCCAUGUUAUUAGUAUGUUUUACUGGUAUAUAUGACAUCCCAUGUUAUUAGUAUGGUAUUAGUAUGUUUUACUGGUAUAUAUGGCAUUCCAUGUUAUUAGUAUGGUAUUAGUAUGUUUUACUGGUAUAUAUGGCAUCCCAUGUUAUUAGUAUGUUAUUAGUAUGUUUUACUGGUAUAUAUGGCAUUCCAUGUUAUUAGUAUGUUUUACUGGUAUAUAUGGCAUUCCAUGUUAUUAGUAUGUUUGACUGGUAUAUAUGGCAUUCCAUGUUAUUAGUAUGUUUUACUGGUAUAUAUGGCAUUCCAUGUUAUUAGUAUGUUUGACUGGUAUAUAUGGCAUUCCAUGUUAUUAGUAUGUUUUACUGGUAUAUAUGACAUCCCAUGUUAUUAGUAUGUUAUUAGUAUGUUUUACUGGUAUAUAUGGCGUUCCAUGUUAUUAGUAUGUUUGACUGGUAUAUUUGGCCAUGCCUUUAACAGAAAGGUAGCCAAUCAACUAUUAGUAUGUUUGACUGGUAUAUUUGGCCAUGCCUUUAACAGAAAGGUAGCCAAUCAACUAUUAGUAUGUUUGACUGGUAUAUUUGGCCAUGCCUUUAACAGAAAGGUAGCCAAUCAACUAUUAGUAUGUUUGACUGGUAUAUUUGGCCAUGCCUUUAACAGAAAGGUAGCCAAUCAACUAUUAGUAUGUUUGACUGGUAUAUUUGGCCAUGCCUUUAACAGAAAGGUAGCCAAUCAACUAUUAGUAUGUUUGACUGGUAUAUUUGGCCAUGCCUUUAACAGAAAGGUAGCCAAUCAACUAUUAGUAUGUUUGACUGGUAUAUUUGGCCAUGCCUUUAACAGAAAGGUAGCCAAUCAACUAUUAGUAUGUUUGACUGGUAUAUUUGGCCAUGCCUUUAACAGAAAGGUAGCCAAUCAACUAUUAGUAUGUUUGACUGGUAUAUUUGGCCAUGCCUUUAACAGAAAGGUAGCCAAUCAACUAUUAGUAUGUUUGACUGGUAUAUUUGGCCAUGCCUUUAACAGAAAGGUAGCCAAUCAACUAUUAGUAUGUUUGACUGGUAUAUUUGGCCAUGCCUUUAACAGAAAGGUAGCCAAUCAACUAUUAGUAUGUUUGACUGGUAUAUUUGGCCAUGCCUUUAACAGAAAGGUAGCCAAUCAACUAUUAGUAUGUUUGACUGGUAUAUUUGGCCAUGCCUUUAACAGAAAGGUAGCCAAUCAACUAUUAGUAUGUUUGACUGGUAUAUUUGGCCAUGCCUUUAACAGAAAGGUAGCCAAUCAACUAUUAGUAUGUUUGACUGGUAUAUUUGGCCAUGCCUUUAACAGAAAGGUAGCCAAUCAACUAUUAGUAUGUUUGACUGGUAUAUUUGGCAUCCCAUGUUAUUAGUAUGUUAUUAGUAUGUUUUACUGGUAUAUAUGGCAUUCCAUGUUAUUAGUAUGUUUGACUGGUAUAUUUGGCCAUGCCUUUAACAGAAAGGUAGCCAAUCAACUAUUAGUAUGUUUGACUGGUAUAUUUGGCAUCCCAUGUUAUUAGUAUGUUAUUAGUAUGUUUUACUGGUAUAUAUGGCAUUCCAUGUUAUUAGUAUGUUUGACUGGUAUAUUUGGCCAUGCCUUUAACAGAAAGGUAGCCAAUCAACUAUUAGUAUGUUUGACUGGUAUAUUUGGCAUCCCAUGUUAUUAGUAUGUUAUUAGUAUGUUUUACUGGUAUAUAUGGCAUUCCAUGUUAUUAGUAUGUUUGACUGGUAUAUUUGGCCAUGCCUUUAACAGAAAGGUAGCCAAUCAACUAUUAGUAUGUUUGACUGGUAUAUUUGGCAUCCCAUGUUAUUAGUAUGUUAUUAGUAUGUUUUACUGGUAUAUAUGGCAUUCCAUGUUAUUAGUAUGUUUGACUGGUAUAUUUGGCCAUGCCUUUAACAGAAAGGUAGCCAAUCAACUAUGCAUAAACAAUCUUUUUUGUUGCUGAAAUAAUGUAGUCGUUGAAAAUCAAAGCUUUAAAUGUCCCUGACCAGUUAGUGUUGUGUAAUGGAACAUACUAUCGUUGCUGUGGUGAGGAAGGAUUUGGGGAGAGAAACUGGAAGCCUGUCUGUGUUACAGAGUCCUGUCUAUACAGACACCAUGCUGAUCCUGAACAGAUGAAAUACAACUCUUCAUGAUA